AUAUACACUUACAGUUUUGACAAUGUGAGAUUUGGGGUUGGUAAUAAUUCAUCCUUAAACACAUUAUUAUUAUAAAUCUGAACCAUCUAGAGCAACCAUUUCUAAGAGACAGUAUAUUCUCAAUGCUUCGGAGCAAUAAUAUAAAUUUACAAGACAUAGAAUUGGAUUCCAAUUUUGGAAGCAAGCAAACUUUUUCUAAUAACUUAAUCGGAAAAGAUUCAGGAUUACUUAAGGAUCCUAGAAGGGAACUUAAGAGUAGAACUAGCUCCAGGAACAGAGACAAGGCAGGAAUCAUCUGAGAUGGUGAUACAGUUACAUGUAUAAUUCUACCGAUAAUCGGAUUAGUAUUACUACUCUUGUUUCUUGUAUUCUGAGUCUGAGGCUGUUACUGUAUUUCACGUUAUUACAAGAGAAAAGAAGAGAAAGAAGAGGAUAGGAAAGCUGAAGAAGAACUAAGAGAAAGAAGAAUGCAAAGAGAAGGUAUUGAGAGUGGAAUCCCUCAAGCUGAUGAGAACAUCCAGAACAACACUAAUCAAAAUGUUUAUCCCACUAAUUACCCUUUGAACAUGAAGGGGGAUAAGGUUGAUUCAAAAUCUCCCAAUGAUGAAUGGGUUACAAACUCCAAACAACCUAAUUUAAACAAUUCCAAAAACAUAACUGCUCUCGGAAUGCCAGACCCUAAAGACCACUGGCCGCACCAAAACGCCCCUCCAAACCCAGGCUUUGCCAACCUCCCCAUCCCUAGGCCAAACUCCAUCGUUGCUGACUCAGUCCAGGACGGAGUCUUAUCAGACGUUCCUUAACAUCC